AAUUACUUUUUCCUUUACGAUGGUUCGAAGGUCAAGGAAGAAGGAGAUCCUACGAGUGCCGGGAUCUGUUAUUUUUACCCUCCUCAGACUCUCCCCGACCAGCAGGAGCUGCUGUGCGGACAGAUCGCCGGGGUGGUGCACUGCAUGAGCGAGAUUUCUGGGGUCCCUCCCAGUCUCAUUCGCCUGAGGAAGCUCAAGUUUGCCGUUGUGGUGGACGGAGACCACCUGUGGGUCCUGGGCUGUGCCGUGGAGCUCCCUGACAUCAGCUGCAGGCGGUUUCUGGAGCAGCUGAUCAGCCUCUUCUCCUUCUACAACGGACCCGUGCACCGCGCGUACACGGCAUUUUCUAAGGAGGAGCUGAGCAGGAGGUGGGACAGGUACAUCGAACAUAUCCAAAAAAACACCAGUGACCUCCACAAGAUUUUCAAUUCUCUCUGGAACCUGGACAAAACCAAGGUGGACCCCCUGCUUUUGCUGAAAGCAGCUCUCAUCUUGCAGACUUGCCAGCGGUCUCCCCACGUCUUGGCCGGCUGCAUUCUCUACAAAGGCUUGAUCGUGAGCACCCAGCUGCCGCCUCCUCUCACUGCCAAGGUUCUCCUCCAAGGCAACGAGUCUCCCGGCCAGAGGCAGCCUGGAGGUGAGGAGCAGCAGGAGCCUGAUUCGCCAUUGCCGCAGGGUGUCCGUAUCAUCCCCGUGUUCCUAACAGAAGAUGAAGUCUCAGCGCUCCGAGACUUCCCUGUGGAGUGGAUGACGAGGUCCUCCGUGUCCCUGGCAAGCCCUAGAGGAGAGAAGAAUGCUCUCUGCUCCCAGGCAGUUUCAGAAUUCACAGGAGACAUGACUAAUACCUCUGUGCAGGAGUCCCCCGAGCGAGCUUCAAGCACAGCUGCGCAUUCAGGCAGCCUUGCAAGCCCAGAUCCUUCACAGGUCUUCCCCGAAAGGGAGGCCAGUACCAAGAAUUCUCCAACUGCAAAACUGAGCAGCGCAGACAGCGAGAGCUCAGAGCUCAGCAGAAAAGCAUCCUUCCCAUCAGAGGGAGACACGAGGCCGCUGCCAAACCCCUCCACUCUCCAUGCUGAUGAACAUGCUCGAACUACAGGUCCUUAUCUGGAAGGCUUUUCCUUUCCAAACCCUUACGCCCGGGAGCAGGAGAAUCGGAGCGUGGGGACAUCCCUUGUGGACUCUGCUGUUGAGACACGCCGUUUCCAAAGCUACACAGCCAGUAGCAGCCCAGCUGUUGGCUCUCCUGCCCAGGAGUUGAGCAGAAGGAAGGGGAGCGAACAAGGCGAGCAAGGGACUCUGAGCCACAACAGCAUCUCUGGAGAAAGCAGCGGGGCAGCUGGUGGCGGUGCGUGGGGUUUGCCUCGUCCAGCCGCUGCUGUACACGCAGAGCUCCCAAGCAGGAGCCGGCUGCCAGCUGUGGAGGCUCGGGAGAGUCUGCCCAGUGACCCAGCAGAGGACAUGCACUGUCCCAGGGACGGGCAGAGUGGCUGGCCACCUCGGGUGGAUGCUCUGGGAGCCCAGGCUGGCGUGGAGUCAGGCAGAGCAGUUCAGAUGAGCUUGUACGUUCACUGCAUCAAGGGCCUGGUGCUCUCCCUGCUGGCUGAAGAGCACCUCCGAGAGGACCAGAGCUCCGUAGAAGACGUGUACCACAGCAGUCUGGCUUCUCUAAACGGCCUUGAGGUUCAUCUGAGAGAGACUCUGCCCAAAGACUCCUCAUCCUCCACCAGGACAACCUACAGCUUCACUCACUAUGACUGUGUCCAGAACGUGCUCACAGCCAACCUACCCCAGACGCCCGGCCCUCUGGAUCGGCACUUCCUGAGGGCGGCCGCGCUGAUCCACUCCGACUUCGGCCAGCUCCCGACUGCCUCGGAGGUGAUCAUCCGGAACGCCUCCACCGCCCUGUACGCCUGCCGCAGCCCCGUCCAGGAAACCUACUUCCAGCAGCUGGGCGCUCCGCUCCGCAACUCGGGCGUCCCCAACCCUCAGGACAGCGCGUUCAGCCUGCCCAGCAAGGCCAAGCAGAAGCUGCUGAAGCACGGGGUGAACCUGCUUUGA